AUGUAUCAAUCAUCUAUCAAUAAACCGAGUAGUUCAACCGUUAUAACUCCAACCGGAGUUAUUAGUCAUCGAACAACAAAUACAAAUAUUUCAUCAACACCAUCAUCAUCAUCAUCAUCAUCAAGUACACCACUACAAAAAGACAAUAACAGUAGUAAUAUUUUAAAAUCACCAUCAUUUCCAUUUGUCUCGAGAUCAUGGGAACUUAAUACAUUCGAUUCCUACAUGAAGUUCAGAGCACACUAUGUAAAUGUAAAAUCAACGAAAUACCUGGUGAAAGCACUCUCCCUAAUGGUACUAUCGAUCGGUGUAUAUUGUUAUCUUUUUGAAGCCGGUAGUAUACUACUACCAAUUGUUUGGUUUUAUAGUUUGUUGAUUGGAUCAUCUGUUACUCUUGGUCUUGGUAGUGCGAUGUUGGCACAACACUUUCAACAGGUUCCAGAGGUGAUAUUGAGUGAGGAACAACGUCAACUCUAUCAGUGGCCAUCAAACUUUCCAUCCAGUCCACCUGUUUCUACUGCAUCGUCAUCUAGCCGAAAAGAUUCAUUAAUUCAAGAAGCUAGAUAUGGAAUGACACUAGAUUCAAUUUCACCUUAUAAACCAGCUAACAAUAGCAGUUCAUCGACAUCUACAUCAUCAGUUGUUGGUAGCAAUACAACCAAUAAUAAUACAACAGGAUCAUCAUCAUCAACAACAACAACAACAUCAUCAACAACAGGAUCAAACAUAUCACCGGUAUCAAAUAAAACAACAUCUACACAAUCAACCGUAAUAACACCAACCUCUUCCACAUCAUCAGUACAACAAAAAUCACCAAUUACAUCACCAUACUCCUACAGAUCGACAAGAUACACACCACCAAAAUCAAUAGAAAUAAGAGAGAAUGAAGAGAUAUCAAAUCAUUUCCAAGGUAGAUUGUUUACAUCUCUAAGUGAAUUUGUAACAUCUCAAUUCGAUAAAGAAGUAAUUGAUCAAAAUGAUAGGUCGAAUCAUGAUAAAGAUAAGAGUAUAUAUGUAAUGAUUGAUUUGUUGAUUAUUAACAAUCAUGAUAUAAUAGAAAUAUUUGAGAUUGAACCAUUGUCACAACAACACUAUGGCUAUGAAGCACCAAUACAGAGUUAUCGUGUACUUCAACGUUCAAAGGUGAUAGAACCAACGAAGGUGUCCUACGAGGAUAUGGUGGCAAGCAAAUACCUCCAGUGGAAGAACAUGUGCGAAGCAGAGCAUCUCUACAACAUGAUAAGCGCAGCGAAUGCAUGUUCACGUUGGUUCACAGAGAAUAUCAUUAAGCCGCUGGUAGCACCGGCCGAAGCGUAUCUCGCUGUCAAAGACGAGAAGCUGCUGUCGCUCGUUGACGAGCGUGGCUUUGGCAUGGCGAAAUGCUCGUUCCUCAACCUACCGACACUCGACAUCAUGAAGAACGUACUGAAACACACGAUCUAUCAUUUGGAUCGACUGAACGACGUUCACCACAAGAAGGAAUCCGAGCAUAUCUGUCGGCGCAUCAAAGAACUCUCGAAAGACGGAUACGUCUUCCACACGUUCGGUAACAAAUCCAACGACCAAAACGACCUACAACAACCAACCGAUGAACAAUUGCUAUUCGCAUUGUUCUUGGCCUAUAUGGAUGAGAAACUCUACAAAGAUGUAACUGCACCAAUCCCAGAUCUUCCAUUCUCCUCUAAAUAUAUAAAGGACGAUAAUUCAAAGCAAGUAUUCAAAUAUGUACCAAUUAUCAAUAUUACAUACAAAAGACCAUUACAUCUUGAUAUUUUAACUCCACAAUAUGAAUCAUUCAAAUUGAUAGAUAUUUCACCAGGUUUACAGAAUAUAUUCUUUACUAUUGUAUUAUUCUUUUAUUAUAUUACAAAGUAUAAUGAUGGAUACAUCGAUAAUAUGGAUAUAUCAAAGUUAAAUGUCAAUAUCUUUUUGAAUUCAUUGAUCAACGAUGAUUCAAAUGAUGAUGAAGAUGAUAUCGAUUUAUUAGAAGAUGAUUAA